CCCGUCGUAUACAUACGUACCCUGGCCAUCUGAUCCACAUCCCAAACACACAUUACCCUGACGUCGAGAACGAACUCCCAGAUCCGCGAUAAAUGACUUACAAACAGUACUACGCACCAUGGGUUUGCUGCGACCGAAAACCACUACCAAGCAUCUUCACCAUCCCCAGUACAUGCGACCCCUUCUAAUUAUCACGCGACUACCGCUUGCAGUUGCAAAGACGUGGACGCGCAGGCCUGGAGCUGUCAUUUUGGCGCUGGUAAGUUGGAGUUGGAAGCCGCGUCAAAUGCAACCCAAACCGAUUCUCAAGCGCCAGCGAUGCACAUGCCUCCACGCUGAUCAUUUUGCUAGCAUUCACGUGCCCCGUCGAAUUGUAAAUCCGUGUUCACAUCAUGUAUCCAGGCGGUUGCGCACGCCUAAGGCUGUUGUUCUGGCGCUGGACAUUCAACCCACCACGCCAGCACCAACGAUGCACGUGCCACAUCGAUUCCGAUUCCUACUGCUGUGUCGUGCUUUCGUAGUGCACGUACGACAAACACGACCCAACUCGCCAGCGCUAGCAAAGCGAAUGCUAGUCAAGUUCCCCGCGCUUAUUCACUCCAACGGCCCUGGCACACCUAGUGCGCCUAACACUAUGGACACCACCCACCGCACAAGUAAUCCCGACUCGCUCAACUCGCCCGAGGCGCCCUCCACCAACUUACCCGAGUUGCCCAACUCUCCCGACUUGGCGUUCGAGCGUUUGAACGCGUUCAUAAGGACCGUGAUACACAGCUGGAAUCUUCUCGCCGCUGUGCGCCAAAUUAGCGCUUGGUCUUGGCCUCUGGAGGUAUGGUGGGUGAAGGAGGCGUUGGGACAACGACACGCUCCAGGUCCUUCUCCACCUGUACAACAUGUUGAGUCGUUGGAGGCCACAAGCACGAUUUCUUCUUCUAUUUCGUCUGGUUCUGAGACUUGGGAGUUCUUCAGCGCCGAGGGCUUGAGUGGGGAUGGCACGAGCGUGGGCUCUGGAGGAUACGGAGGUUUGAGAGGGGAUCUGAAGAAGGUUUUCCACGAGUUAGAGACAGGGAUUGUUAUGUGGAGGGAGGCGUUGGUAGAUGAUGGGAGCAAAGGGCAGCCGUCGAUAGUGAUGCCUUCAUCGCCGAGAACGACGAGGAAAACCCGCCAAUGA